CACGUCAUCGCCAAAGCAAAUCAUGUUCACACGCUGAAACACGUAAACGCUUUACCAACUCUUAUUUCCGUCAGCUCCGCGUGAAAUAAUAAGUUAUAUCGACUAAUUAAAAAAAAAUCCCAAGUUUGAACAUCGUCGGCGUCAGGGGCGGAGUCACAGAGAUCCUUGGACAAGAUGGCGGCCUUCCCGGAGAGGAUGGCGUCCGUCCUGCUGCUGUGGCUUGCUGUGUCUCUGACUGCUACACUGGCUGUGGACAGGGCCAACUUCAAAUCCUGUGACCAGAGUGCCUUCUGCAAGCGCCAGCGGGCGUUGAAGCCUGGCGAGUCUCCCUAUCGAGCCCUGCUGGAGACCAUGGAGCUAACCAACACCAGACUCACCCUGCAGCUCAAGAAUGACAAGAACAAGGUGCGUCUCUUGCUGGAACUCUAUCGCCUCCAGGGAAACAUAACCAGGGUGAAGAUUAAUGAGCUGAAGCCACUGAAGCCUCGCUACGAGGUCCCAGACGUGCUCAUCAGAGAGCCGCCGACAGAGCCCCUGUCCCUCUUGUCUCAGGAUGAGAACGGAGUGGUUCUGUCCCUGGGGGUGGAUUCUCAAAGGGUCAUUGUCAGUGCCCGCCCAUUCCGAUUGGACAUCAUGCAGGGUCGUGACGUGCUCUUGUCACUAAACUCGCGUGGCCUCCUGGCCUUUGAGCAUUUAAGGCUACGGAAGGACACUUUCUUCACUUUAAUAACUAGCACAUUUGCAAGUGUGUGGGAUAUUGUCAAGAGUGUAUUAUCUAGCAGACAGGCAGACGGAGAGGCCGAGGAUGCAAGUUUGGCUAACGAGGAAGAGGCUGUGGUGAAUGAGAAAGACGAAGAGGGCAUGUGGGAAGAAACCUAUAAAUCAUUUACUGACAGCAAACCUAAUGGUCCAACGGCUAUAGGUUUAGACUUUUCAUUCCCAGGGGUAGAACAUGUCUACGGCAUUCCGGAGCAUGCUGACACACUCCGACUUAAAACUACUGAAAACGGAGAUCCGUAUCGGCUCUACAAUCUGGAUGUGUUCCAGUAUGAGCUGGAAAAUCAAAUGGCACUUUAUGGCUCCGUACCCGUUAUGUUGGCCCACAAUGCCCAGCGGACUACAGGAAUAUUUUGGCUCAACGCUGCUGAGACCUGGGUUGACAUUAGCUCCAACACUGCAGGGAAGACUGUCUUUGGAAAAAUGCUGGAUUAUGUGCAAGGCUCAAGUGAGACCCCACAGACAGAUGUGCGUUGGAUCUCUGAAAGCGGCAUCAUUGAUGUCUUCAUUAUGCUCGGCCCGACACCAAAUGAUGUCUUUGCGCAGUACGCCUCCCUGACAGGCACCCAAGCAUUCCCUCCCCUGGCUGCUCUGGCCUACCACCAGUGUCGCUGGAACUACAAUGACCAAGAGGACGUGCAAGCGGUGGAUGCGGGCUUUGACGAGCACGACAUUCCCUAUGAUUACAUCUGGCUGGAUAUUGAGCACACGGAUGGCAAACGCUAUUUUACCUGGGACCCCAAUAAGUUUGCCACACCCAAAGAAAUGCUUCAAAGUCUCAUGGAUAAGAAACGCAAGAUGGUAACCAUUGUAGACCCUCACAUUAAAGUGGACAGCAACUACAAGAUCCACAAUGGACUCAAAUCUCAAGGUUUCUACACAAAGAACAAAGAUGGCGGUGACUAUGAAGGCUGGUGUUGGCCUGGUAGUGCCGGCUAUCCAGACUUUUCCCGUGAAGACAUGAGAGCUUGGUGGGCCAGUAUGUUCGCCUACGACCAGUACGAGGGCUCCAUGGAGAACAUGCACUCGUGGAACGACAUGAACGAGCCUUCAGUGUUCAACGGGCCAGAGGUCACCAUGCACAAGGAUGCAAAGCACGGGGACUGGGAGCACCGUGACCUGCACAACAUAUAUGGUCUCUAUGUGCAAAAGGCCACAGCGGAGGGCCUGAUCCAGAGAUCGGGAGGAGUCGAAAGACCUUUUGUCUUGACCAGGGCCUUCUUUGCUGGGUCACAGCGCUACGGUGCUGUGUGGACAGGAGACAAUGCCGCUGAGUGGGGGCACCUAAAAAUCUCAAUUCCCAUGUGCCUAAGUAUGGGCCUGGUGGGAAUAGCUUUCUGUGGUGCUGAUGUCGGGGGCUUCUUCAAGUCUCCGAGCUCGGAGCUGUUGGUGCGUUGGUACCAGACGGGAGCCUACCAGCCCUUCUUCAGAGCCCACGCUCACCUGGACACUUCCCGCCGCGAGCCCUGGCUCUUCGGCCCGGAGAACACCGCACUGAUUCGUGAGGCCGUGCGCCAACGCUACACCCUCCUACCAUAUUGGUACCAGCAGUUCUACCACACCUACCGCACUGGACAACCCGUCAUGAGGCCACUGUGGGUGGAGUAUACCCAGGAUCCUGCUACUUAUGCUCUGGAGGACCAAUUUUUGAUUGGACGGGACUUGUUGGUGCACCCUGUCACUGAAGAGGGAGCCCGUGGAGUCACUGCCUAUCUGCCUGGAAAAGAGGAGGUCUGGUUUGACGUGCACACCUUCCAGAAACACAACGGCGCUCAGAACCUUUACAUUCCUGUCACCAUGAGCUCUAUCCCAGUUUUCCAGCGUGGCGGCUCAAUUAUUCCCAGAAAGCUUCGAGUGCGCAGAUCCUCCACCUGCAUGGAGCACGACCCUUACACUUUGAUGGUGGCCCUGGACCCACAGGGGGCUGCCGAAGGAGAGCUCUACAUUGAUGACGGACACACUUUCAACUUUGAGAAGAAGGAGUUCAUUCACAGGAAGCUGUCCUUCGCCAACAACAUCCUCUCCUCUCUAAACCUUUCCCCAGAAGCCCAGUUCUCUACCUCCUCCUCAGUGGAACGCAUUGUCAUAUUGGGUGCAAAGAAGCCCACCAAGGCCACCCUGAGGACAGCUGACGGUAAGAGCAGCCAACUUGAGUUUGACUUUGACACGGCUACGUCCGUCUUGACUCUGCGCAAGCCGGGCAUGAACGCCGGCACUGACUGGAGCGUGAUGCUGCAGUAACCAUGGAGACGGAGGAGGAGGAGGAGGACAAAGUGACUGAAGAAAAGAGGAGGAAUGAGCACUGUGAAUACUAAAGGACAUCCAUCUCUACACUUGUUUGCCCCUCUUGUUUUCAUCUGUAACUAAUAGUAACCACUAGAUUAAUCAGCUCUUAGGAUCAUUCUCAAAACCGAUGCUUACAUUUUUUUUAUUCAAGAAUUGAUUAAGAAAGCUGCUCCUAAAUCUUUUUACUGAACAUAUCGCAUUCUUUUUCCAAAGGUUAAUCCCACUUUGGAGGCCAAUCAAGUCAAUCAAGCUGCUGCACAAAAACUUUUUGGUAAUGGAAAUCUUUUCAGCAACACAACUUUGUGUGUUAUCCUGCACACACUUUCUUUUAGCACUCUUCUUUUCUUGACUGUAUUUUUUCUUGCACUUGAAUCCAAGUGACAACCUUAAGGUGACUGUUGUCCACUCUAUCAGAGCAUCACUGGUUCAAAAGAAGAUAUUCCAAAAAUAAUACGUCGUGUUCAUGUAGUCUGUCACCCGGCGUCCUGUUCAUGUAGUCUGUCACCCGGCGUCGUGUUCAUGUAGCCUAUCACCCAGCGUCGUGUUCAUGUAGUCUGUCACCCGGCGUCGUGUUCAUGUAGUCUGUCACCCGGUGUCGUGUUCAUGUAGUGUGUCACCCGGCGUCGUGUUCAUGUAGUCUGUCACCCGGCGUCGUGUUCAUGUAGUCUGUCACCCGGCGUCGUGUUCAUGUAGUCUGUCACCCGGUGUCGUGUUCAUGUAGUGUGUCACCCGGCGUCGUGUUCAUGUAGUCUUUCACCCGGCGUCGUGUUCAUGUAGUCUGUCACCCGGCGUCGUGUUCAUGUAGUCUGUCACCCGGCGUCGUGUUCAUGUAGUCUGUCACCCGGCGUCGUGUUCAUGUAGUCUGUCACCCGGCGUCGUGUUCAUGUAGUCUGUCACCCGGCGUCGUGUUCAUGUAGUCUGUCACCCGGCGUCGUGUUCAUGUAGUCUGUCACCCGGUGUCGUGUUCAUGUAGUGUGUCACCCGGCGUCGUGUUCAUGUAGUCUGUCACCCGGCGUCCUGUUCAUGUAGUCUGUCACCCGGCGUCGUGUUCAUGUAGUCUGUCACCCGGCGUCGUGUUCAUGUAGUCUGUCACCCGGCGUCGUGUUCAUGUAGUCUGUCACCCGGCGUCGUGUUCAUGUAGUCUGUCACCCGGCGUCGUGUUCAUGUAGUCUUGUCACCCGGCGUCGUGUUCAUGUAGUCUGUCACCCGGCGUCGUGUUCAUGUAGUCUGUCACCCGGCGUCGUGUUCCUGUAGUCUGUCACCCGGUGUCGUGUUCAUGUAGUCUGUCACCCGGCGUCGUGUUCAUGUAGUCUGUCACCCGGCGUCGUGUUCAUGUAGUCCGUCACCCGGCGUCGUGUUCAUGUAGUCCGUCACCCGGCGUCGUGUUCAUGUAGUCUGUCACCCGGCGUCGUGUUCAUGUAGUCUGUCACCCGGCGUCGUGUUCAUGUAGUCUGUCACCCAGCAUCGUGCCGUGCACGCUCUUAGUGUGUGCACAAAAGCAACUUACAAUUUGCUACGAUAUAAAUACACUCAAUUGUAGCUAAACUUUUCUCUCACUAGAUGACGCUGGCAACUAACAUGACUCAUGAGUUACGUCGGGUGUUGUUGAUGCGGAAAAAGGGCAGCAUAUAAUGCUUGCAACACUUUUGAAAGUUUGCAAACAGUCACUUUAAAGGUUGUUUGGAUAUUUUAAGAUUUCUUAAGUCUGACAUUUCCAUUUCGUAAUGGGUUUUCCUUUUUCCCAGUGUGAUCUUAGUGUGGUCAUACUCCUUGUUUUCUGCAGCUCUCGUGCUUCUCAAUGAAUAUGGAUACUGUGCAAAAUGGAGGAGUUCUGGAUUGUCAAUAUAACUGAAAGUUUCACAUUUUGAAUUUAACUACAGAGAGAGAUUGGCUUUCAUAAUUUCCAUUUGGUUCAGAUGCACCUGCAGACGACAAUGGUUUAGUCCGAUGUGAGCUCAUCUUCCAAUAUUGCAUUUCUGUCCUAUAGUCUUUCGUAUUGAUUGAUAGUUUUUAUGAUCGCACCUUGCUGCCAUUUAGAUGGCCGCAGCUUGACACGGGGGACUGAAGUGAAGGAGCAGACUCCUUCUAGUGAUAUGACCAAGUGAAAAUAAAGAUGACCAAUUGUGA